AUACCUACUCAAUUUGACUAUAAAUCUAAAACAAUAUUUCUAAUUUUCUCUAUCAAAUUUAAUUAAAUGGGCGUAAAUGUUUAAAUAAACAAAAUUUUCACUACUUUAUUAGUAAAUAGUUAAAAAUGUCUCGACAAACUUCUCGUCUUGAUGCUAAGAAAGUCAAUUCAGAGCUCCUUACACUCACGUACGGGGCUUUGGUGUCUCAAAUGCUUAAAGAAAUCGACAACCCGGAAGAUGUGAACAAACAGUUGGAACGAAUUGGUUACAAUAUGGGCGUAAGGCUUAUAGAAGACUUCUUGGCUAGAACGACGUCCACUCGCUGCUUGGAAAUGAGGGAAACAGCUGAUAAAAUUCAGCAAGCAUUCAGAUUAUAUUUGAACAUGCAGCCUACGGUUACAAGCUGGAGUAGUUCAGGCGAUGAGUUCUCUCUGGUGUGGGAACAGUGCCCACUCAGUGAGUGGGUGGAGAUGCCCAACAGUGGGCUGAAGUACUGCACCCUCAUACCUGGCGCCAUUCGUGGGGCUCUGCAGAUGGUGCAGCUUGAUGUGCAAUGCUGGUUUGUUCAGGAUCAACUGAAAGGCGAUUCAGUGACCGAACUCAGAGUAAAAUAUAUAAAGCGAUUGGAGGAUGCUGUGCCGGCCGGUGAAGAUUAAAGUUAAACUAUAACUUGGCAACUUCGUUCGUAACACACCCGAUGUACCGCGCGGGCCGGAGGGCGUGUAGCGAUGAAUGAAAAACCCACGACUGUUGCACGUCAUUUCCCCGCACGCACGAUUUCACACCCGCACAGUCUUUCCCCCUGUCGCCCGCAUAUCAUGGGAGUGUUAUCAACAAACUUGCCAGACUAUAAUAAAUCAUUUAUUAUUUAAAAACUAUUCUAGCUUGUAUUGUAUUAUGUACUCUUAAGUUAUAAGUUAAUCUCCAAAAUUCCAUUUCUAUUCGUAAGUUUCGUUAUUUUAGAAAUGCUAAAAUUAAAAUGGUUUAUUUAA